CAGUUGGUGAUCCGAACUGCUCACUGUCCCUACCUUUCCGUCUUUUUCUGGUUCCUGUCUACGUCUGGUGCUUUGUUUGCCCUCCAACUCUUUCUCUCUCUCUCACACACACACUCUUUAUUUCCUGUACCAGAAGCAAUUCCAUAUGACGGCUACGAAGGCGUGUCUGACACCCAGCGCUCGGCUUGCCGUGCAUUCGGCCACUCUGCUCCCUCACCCGCCUCCGCUGGCCGACAAGGCUGGUUCGUGGUUCGAGUCCCGGCUCGUGCGGAUACAGGCAACUGCCGACUCGGCCUCGCCGGAGUAAGCAGUGGCAGCAGCAGAAGUCGCAACGACCCACAGGCCUGCCAGACCGUUGGGCGAACCGUCUGGCCCUUUGGCGGGGGUGACUGCCGACGAGGGGAUUGGGGUUCGUGCCUCGUUCAUGCCCCACCUUCCGCUUCUUUGUCUUUGGGCCACAGUCCAAUUGUAUUUGAUGAGAGCCGGCCUCGGGUUGGCAAGAGCAACUUGCCUGCAAAGACUGCCAUACAAGAUUGA